UGGUAUUUUUUUUAGAGACUGGUUUGUAUACGGCUAUCCAAUUAGAGAAGAGCAUAUAGUAUUUACAGUCUGACGAGUGUAAUAUUGGGAGGGAUUCAAUAGAAGUGGCUCGAGUGAAACGGGGCGGGCGUUGCUCUCAGGUCCGCCAUUUUGCUCCGAGAAAUUUCUUCCUGCGCUUCACUGGUGGAGGUUUGCGGUACUGCAGUAGGAGUGGUGAAAGGUGGUCUGUAGAGGAAAGGACAUGAGGGGAAGGGUUGCUUAAUAGUGAAUUCAGUAUGUCCCAAAAGAAAGCCAUUUAUUGUACCAAAAGUGAACGCAGUUAAUGCUAAAGGCAUCCCUGGUGUUAUUUUGUGAUACAAUUCUAAGACGGUAAACACUGAUCUUAACUACUCGGUUCACCCUUCUGGCUGUGAGAAACGGAAAACAGCGCUUCUACUGACAAAAGGUUCGCUCUCCCUUAACUUCAACGUAAAUCCUACAUGAUCAUGAAUAAUAACUUUGUGAGAUUUUCAGUACCGCUUAAACCUAGCGAUAAUCUACCGGCAUCUUCAAACCAAAGUGUGUCACAUGGAUAUUAUCAAGUAAUGCCUACCAUAUGCUCCAAUGGGCAAAAUAUUUUAAAACUGAUUCCAGUUCAGAAAGUUGGUGGGCAGUUUCUUCAGAUGCAAGCAAAAAUUAAUUUGUCAAGCACUUAUAAAAACAGUGAUGCUGAAGCACUUGUGACUACCAACCAACCCGCCAUCCGUUUCACCCCUACUACAGUUUCCCCUGGACCAAUUGCUAUUUUACAACAGACUAGCCCUGGCAAAUUCAUUCUGAAAAGACAGUCAGAUGGGAAUGUUUUAGUAAAUCCAAUUCACGGAAUGGGACAAGUCCAGGAGAAAGUUACUUUUGCCACAACAUGUUCUCCAGUUCAUAUUCAGGUUCCAGUAACACCACACAAGCCACAGCAAACCUCUGCUCCAGUGGAAGUGCUUGCUCUAAAUUCUACUAAAACACCUUCUGUUUUAAAUCUGAAACAGCUUCCCGUCACUGUAAAAUCGCCAGUACUCCCUAAUGGCCAUUGUCUCCAAAUCCCUGCUAAUGCAGAAGUUAAAUCAUUUCCAGCCUCUGCUCUUCCCCAGGCAAUCAAAAAGAAAAUAUUACCUCCAACCAUUAACUGUAGUGUAGAGGCUUCUGAUCCUAGCAAAAACGCUCAGACAGUAAUUUAUGUGUCACCAGUCAAUACUAUUAAAACUAUGAGUCCAGUCCAGACUAUCCCAGUGUCCUCUGCUACAGAAGCACUUACACAUUUAUUGAAAGUUGCUAAGCACUCAGUUGGUAAUGAUCCUGUAACAACCACAGCUAAAUCUGCUCUGCCGAAAAGUAGUCAAAAUACAGCUUCUCCAAUCAAAUGGGUUGUUCAGGAAAAUCCAGAUGCACCUGCACCAUGCCUUGUUCCUGUAACCACCAAAGACAUAACUACUGAUAUUUUGAAAACACUGACACGAAUUGAGAAACAAGGAAAGGAUGAACAGAACGUAGCAUCAAAAUCAACUGUUUCCCAGGAUAUCCAGCCCAAAGUCACUGCAGGAAAAGAUAAUGCCUUAGUCAUGUGCAAUGGAAAACUGUAUUUUGUAGCCAAGAAAACAUCUGAGUUCAGUAAUAUCUCCUCUCAGUCACAGAAAGUGAGUGAAAACAUUGGUAAGGAUUCUUCUGUAGCAAGCCAUCAAAAUCCACCCUCAUCGCAGAACCUGCCUGCUGCUUCAAGUAGGUUACGAACAUCAGAUUUGCAUUGCCAACAUAUGGAGCCAAUUUUGAUUAAUGAUGGUCCAGAUGAUAUUGUUGACUUAUGCAAUGAAGGAUCUCAGGAUGAGCCUACACAUCAGAAGAAUGUAGAAAGUAACAAGGUGCAGUCCCCUGUGAACCAAUCUUCUAGAAACGAUGAUGACGAUGACUCAAAUGUGAUAUUUGUGUCCUACAUACCACCAAAAACAGCUGUGGAAUCAAAUAAGGACAGGGAGAGUGUUCCUAGAACUUCACCAAGUGCCUGCAGUAGACCUGAGAAGAGCACUGUGGAUUCAGGUCAGCAGCAAAGCAUAGGCAAUUUCUCAGGAAAACGUAAAUGUGAAAGUGAUAGCCAACUGAGAAAGCAGUUUGGGAUCACAUCAGAAAUUAAAAUCUGUUUGCAAAGAGCUCCUUUGCAUGAUAAGUUAGUUCGAGAUAAGAGUCAACGAAGUCCUUCCACUAGUAAGUGCACAUUGGAGGGUAUCCGGAAGUUAAUCCAGGGAUCAAGGAUGGAGAUGAAAACAAAGAAACAUGUAGAGGUUGUGGUGGUACCUGACCUUGAUGCAACCCCAAAAAGGGAGCUUGAAAGCAGCCCAUGUGAUGAGACCAAGAAAAGGAAACUGGAAUUACCUGAAAAUAUUUCAGGAACUGCCUCUACUUCAGGAGCAAACGCAAUAGCUCCUUCAGAAGAAAAAUUUGCAUCAUCAACGAGCACAUCUUCUGGUGUACAAAGGCUGGAAAAGAAAGAGGUUCAGUUGGGCAAAGAAUCAAACACUUUGAGAUCAAGUGAGAGAUCAAUACUAAAUGUAACUAGCUCAGAUUCUGAAGUGAUAUCCAGCGGCAUGGCAUGUGCAGUGACAAAAUGUGACACCUUUUCUCCAAUGAAGGCGAUAUUGCCUGCAAUGGCAAAUUCUGCAAUGGAUGAAAUCAAAGAGACUGAAGAGCUUGGUCCAGCCUUGAGCAACAGUGUUGCAGAGGUCGCUGGGGUCCAGAAUGCAGUGAAGUGUAAUAAGCCUCAGGAAUCAUACACUAACAGUAGCGUAAGAAAGGAAAUUCAUGCACCAAGUAAGACAGACCCUGUCAUGGAAAAAGGAAUGCCUAAUCUAUCAUUGUCAAGUGCUAUUAGAACGGAGUCAAAUUGUAUUGAGGCCCUGGUCAACAUCAGUUUAGAAGCCGCAGCAGCAAAGAAAAAUGUAGCUAAAUCAUGUGAAAGCUCAGACUGUUCUGUACCGAUGGAAACUUGCAGCUUGUCGACCUCUUUUGAAACAACAGUUGAACACUGCACAAGUGAUGACCUCUAUACCGUAACGCCCAUGGACGCAGAGGAAAUUGUACGAGAUGAGAAAAUCAAAAGGUUAAGAGAACUUUUAAAACAGAAGGAAGCCGCUCUGGAAGUGCUGAGGAAGGACAUCAUAAAACAGCCAUAAAUGAGAUCAAUGUGGAUCCUUUUUUACAAAAUUUCCCGGAACAGUUUCUCUUUAUAUUAAAUGAAAAUACGUUUUUUAACUUAUUUUUUUGGUGGACGUUCUUUUAAGACUUGUUCCUCUUCAUAUAUUGUGAAAGACGUUAUUUAUUCAUUUUACCAGAAGAUAACUUAAAGAUGAUUUCUUUGUUAUAGUACUUAUUAGAAAAUAUGUACUUUAAAAGCAAGUUAUUCGUUAAAUGGUCACUAAAGCUCCAUCAGCUUCCUUUACUCUCAGUAUGGUAAAAGUUGUUACCAUAUAUUUUUUAUUCUUAUUUUAACAUGACCGUAUUGAUUUUCAAUUGUCUGGAUCUUUGUGCAUGUAAAAACUCUUUGAGACUGGUAUUUUUUCCAAGGAUAUUUAUUUUUAACUGGCAAAUUCAUGUGGUCAUACAUGCCGGCUGUUUGCAGAAAUACCGAACAGAGACUCGGCAGGUGGAAUGCAGGGAAUCCAAUGAGCAGAGGACUAAAAAUGUGUUUUUUUCUAUCCUUGUGCAGAAGAUUGGAAAACUGAAAUGUGUGCCGUUCGAUAUUUGUCACAUCUUUAGUUUUUUCCAGAGAUCUUGUAAGAAUCUGCAUUAACAAAAUAUAACUUGGUAGUUUUCAACUCGUGAGUUCAAGAGCCUCAAUCCAGUGUGUUUUAAAGAUAACUCCAAAUUAACAAUAAAGAUACCACCUUCAAGUCUGAUCUGAUCUUCUCUGAUGUCAGAAGCCAGACAUUGCAGUGUAAGGAGUGGAAUGGGAGACCGUAAGGAAAAGCAAAUUGCUUAUUUAGGUGGUGCUGAUUGGCCACUAGGUGGCACACUUACGUCCGGACCAGAAUUUCUAAACCAAUGGUACCAUGUUAAUGGUAACUAGGGACAUUGUGAUAUAUGAGGUGCUAGUCCUUUGAAUGAGAUGUUAAAUCAUGACAUCCUUUGCAGGACUUUGAACCUCCCAGUGUAAUUGACUCAGUUGAUCCUUAAUUUGUUCUAUUAGCCAAGGUGCUUAAGAUGAACUGUGUUGCUUAUUAUUUGGCCAGUAAAGAUUCCAGGACACUAUUUGUAGUUAACUAGAAGUGGUUAACUGUAAUGUCAUGGUCAAAUAUGAUCUUUGGCUGGCACAAUGUGGCUCACUUAAGGUUGCUUCAUAGUUGAAGGUAGCAAUAUCUCACUUCUCUAUGCAAUCCUCUGGGUGGUGGGAAUCCAGGCUCUUCAGUGGUUGAUAAAUUGGGACCCCUUAAUGUAAAAUGGUUUGAGAUCCUUUGGGAUAAAAAACAUGAAUAAUUUAAUAAAUUUUUGAAUAACA